CUGAACGCAAAUGUUAGAACUUGUACACUAAACAAAGCCCUAGGUCUUUGCAUCUUCCUCGUUAGGGUUUGAGCCGCCGCCGCCGCCGUCGUCGACCCGCGCCAGUGUUGCAGCCCCUCGCUCCCUUUGCCGGCGUACCCCCUUUCCAGCCAUGGCGGAGCAGACUGAGAGAGCUUUCUUGAAGCAGCCCAAGGUCUUCCUUUGCCCAAAGAAAUCUGGCAAAGGAAAGAAGCCUGGCAAGGGAGGUAACCGUUUCUGGAAGAACAUUGGCCUUGGCUUUAAGACCCCUCGCGAAGCAAUCGAAGGGACCUACAUUGACAAAAAGUGCCCAUUCACUGGAACUGUUUCCAUUAGAGGUAGAAUUAUUGCUGGAACAUGCCACAGUGCCAAGAUGAAUAGGACUAUUAUUGUCCGUAGGAACUACCUUCAUUUUGUGAAGAAAUAUCAGAGGUAUGAAAAGAGGCACUCGAACAUUCCAGCUCACAUUUCCCCGUGCUUCCGUGUCAAGGAAGGAGAUCAUGUCAUCAUUGGCCAGUGCAGGCCCCUAUCGAAAACUGUCAGGUUCAAUGUUCUUAAAGUCAUCCCAGCUGGUUCCACAGGUGGUGGGAAGAAAGCAUUCACCGCAGCUUGAGCUUAUUGAAACUGUCUAAUCACAUUAGUUACAUAUACAAGUGUUCACUUAGAGUUCUUCUAGCUUGCUCUUUGGACCUUCUGUUUAGGUCCCUGGAGCCUUUGCCACUCAUCUGAGCAUGUCCAUGAAAUGUAUCCGUGCAAGUUUUGUUUAUAUCCCUGGUCAUGCAAAUUGUGGUUGCUGUUGCCCUGUAGUUGGCUCAUGUACCUUCUUUGAAGCAAUAGCAUCAACAGCCUGUUUGUUUCCUUAUGACGGUGAUGUGCGUUAUCCUUAUUUGUUUAUUUGUUCACCAUUUUGCUGACGCUUCAAAAGGCAUGUGACAUUUCUUGUGUA